GGCUGGACAUACUAAAUAUCCUCUCUGUUUUAGAUAUGUGCAUGGACAUAUGUUUCCAUUGUCCAUGCAUACUCUGAAUAAAUAGCUUGUGAACGAUCAGCAUGGAAGGUCUAGAGUGAUAUGAAGGGGUUCAGUCAGGCUAAAAAUGACCAUCUAAUAUGGGCACCUUUACACUUUCAAUGGGAGUAUAAUUUCUACCCUCAGAUCCAGAUCUAUCAGGUGGUUGUAUGUGUUUCCAGCAGAGAAUAGGUCAAAAUUGGUCCUCAAGCAUCCGGUGAAAUGAUUAUGAAUGGAACAGGCUGUGUAGAUACAGGUGAAGACAUCAAAGAUAACGGGAAAGCAAACAGAGCUUGAGAGUUUCUUUUAUUUCAAUCAGCUUGAUGGAGAGGCAUCUGAAAUAAAUGGAAUAAGAUAAACUCGGCAUGUAGACAGAAAUAAAUGUAAAUGACGUAUGACUAAGAGAUAACAGGGGUAUAAAACUUAAGCUAUGAGAGGGAGGUUCAGAAAGACUGCUGUGGGAAGAGUGGGCUCUCACGUCUUGUUACACACAAUCACAAUGGAAUCAGAAGAAUACAGAAAGAGAGGUAAAGAGUUGGUUGAUUACAUCUGCCAUUAUCUCAGCACUGUGAGGGAAAGACGUGUAAGCCCAGAUGUCCAGCCUGGUUAUAUGAGAGCCCUGCUGCCCGACAGUGCUCCGGUGGAGUCAGAGAGCUGGGACAACAUUUUCAGGGACAUUGAGGAAAUCAUCAUGCCUGGGGUUGUCCAUUGGCAGAGUCCUCAUAUGCAUGCUUAUUUCCCAGCACUAACAUCUUGGCCUUCCUUGUUAGGAGACAUGUUGGCAGAUGCCAUAAACUGCUUAGGAUUUACAUGGGCCUCCAGUCCAGCUUGUACAGAAUUAGAAAUGAAUGUAAUGGAUUGGUUGGCAAAAAUGCUCGGGCUUCCUUGCCAUUUUCUACACCAUUAUCCCGAGAGUAAAGGAGGAGGAGUGCUGCAAAGCACUGUAAGCGAGUCAACACUGAUAGCUUUAUUGGCUGCCAGAAAAGAUAAAAUCAUGCAAAUGAAAAUCUCUGAGCCCGAUUCUGAUGACUCAAGCCUGAACUCCCGGCUCAUUGCUUAUGCAUCUAAUCAGGCUCAUUCUUCAGUGGAAAAAGCUGGCUUAAUUUCUCUGGUAAAAGUCAGAUUCCUCCCAGUAGAUGAAAACUUCUCUCUUCGCGGAGAGACAUUGCAGGCUGCAGUGGAAGAAGAUCGAAAACGUGGACUUGUUCCUGUCUUUGUUUGUGCAACGUUGGGUACAACCGGUGUGUGUUCUUUUGAUAACCUUGCAGAGUUGGGGCCAGUCUGUACCAAGGAAGGACUGUGGCUUCACAUUGAUGCUGCAUACGCCGGCACUGCCUUUCUCUGUCCUGAGUUCAGGUCACUGUUCAAUGGAGUGGACUACGCUGAUUCUUUUACAUUCAAUCCAUCAAAGUGGAUGAUGGUUCAUUUUGAUUGCACUGCUUUCUGGGUGAAAGAUAAAUAUAAGCUGCAGCAAACUUUCAGCGUUGAUCCCAUCUACCUCCGACAUGCCAAUAGUGGAGCUGCAACUGAUUUCAUGCAUUGGCAGAUUCCUCUAAGUCGACGCUUCCGCUCCCUAAAACUCUGGUUUGUGAUUCGUUCCUUUGGAAUAAAGAAUCUUCAGGCACACAUCAGACAUGGAACUGAAAUGGCCAAAUACUUUGAAUCUUUGGUAAAAGCUGAUCAGCUGUUUAAAGUUCCUGCUAAGCGACAUCUCGGCCUGGUUGUCUUCCGCCUUAAGGGCCCAAAUGUUCUGACAGAACAAGUACUAGCAGAACUUACUAAAUCAGGAAAUAUGUUCCUUGUACCGGCCACAAUCAAUGACAAGUUUAUUAUUCGCUUCACUGUCACCUCUCAGUUUACCACUAGGGAAGACAUUGAACGAGACUGGAACCUUAUUAGAGAAGCUGCAAUAAAUGUCACCAAUCGACAUCACGGUACCACCCCCAGUGAUUGCCACCAGUUACACAGAGAAGCAACCAUGGAAGAAGACCAGGAGAUCACUGUGCAGCCCAAACAUGGAGGUUUUAACCCUAAAGACUGGGUUGGGCAGAUAUCUGAAGAUGACUUGGAUCCCUUUGAUGACUGCUUCCCCGAGAGUGUUCCAGUGGCUAGCAAACAUAGGCCAAUGUCCUUUAAGUAUCGACAUUGGUCUACUCAUGAUAAGAAAAAGACUGCUCGAUCUCUUAGCUGCAAUAGUGUUCCUCUUCAUAAUAAUCCUAGAGAAAAAUGUAUUGAUAAGAUUGUCCCGCAAUUUGAACUUCAGAAGGAUGGUAGCAUUCUGUCCAAGCUGCCAGGAAAGGUCAUGAUUUUAGAGAAAAAUGCUUUCAGGAAAUUAAUCAAGUUCUACAGUAUGCCUAGCUUCCCAGAAAUUAGCGUUCAGUGUGGCCUCAAACUGCCCUGCUGCCCUCUACAAGCGCUCGUGUAGAAUACCUGCGGGCCUCCAGUGGCUUUAUAUUAAAUGUGCCUGUUGCUUACACACAAGUCAGACAAUUUAUAAAAAGGGUUCAAACUCAACCUGUUGAUUUCUUACUAAAUAAUAGUUUUAGAUACUGGGUCAACCUAUGAUUCAUUCUUGGCUUAGGUUCCUUAUGAACCAAGAUUUAUUUACCAUUUAUUAAAUUUUUUCACCAAAAUUAACACUCCUCUAAUCAUUGGGGAAAGUGGUGAAAGAAGUAUGAUUAGUUCUAAGCAGUAUCGGGACAAGGCCAUCCAGCGCCCAGGGCAAAGAUGACAAACUGCGCCCCCCCCCCCCCCCACCAUUUAUGAUGUGCAAGCUUAGGGGGUCCUCCUCCGAGCAGUCACUCCCUUAUCAAAAUCACUGCAGCUGUCACUACCCCUGUCAGCCUUGUAACAGAAGGAAGGUGCCCCCAUUCCAACAG